UUUUGCGACGGCACGGUACUGACGGCUGUCAUAAUUCACAUUAAUAACACGUGAGGUUAUUUUGAAAUUACGUGAUGUUUAAUUGAAGUUAAUUUAAAGUUUUAAUAUGGCAGACGAAAAUGUGUUUGAUAAAAAGAAGUCGCACCGAGCUAAGCAAGCUGGGCGCAAAGCAGAGAAGAAGAAAAAUAAGAACAAAGUUGAUCAAUCUAACCUAAGUGCUCGGCAGAGAAAUCCUAAAGCUUUUGCUAUCCAGUCUGCUGUAAGAGCCGAGAGACAGUUCCGCAGACGAGAAGAUGUUAUUGCGAAGAAGCAACAUAUUCCUCAAGUGGAUAAAACUCCGUUGGAGCCUCCACCCAUCGUCGUGGCGAUUGUUGGACCACCUCGAGUCGGUAAAACAACACUCAUCAAUAAUUUGAUAAAGAGCUUUAUAAAAACCAAUGUAACAAACACGAACGGUCCUAUAACAAUUGUGACGUCGAAGAAGCGCCGCAUUACGCUAAUAGAAUGUAAUAACGACGUAAAUUCUAUGAUUGACAUCGCGAAAUGUGCUGAUUUGGUGUUGUUACUGUGUGACGCCAGCUUCGGUUUUGAGAUGGAGAUAUUUGAGUUCCUCAACAUCUGUCAGGUGCACGGUAUGCCUAAAAUUAUGGGUGUACUAACUCAUCUUGAUAUGAUAAAGAAUGCAAAAACAUUGAAGACUACAAAGAAGACCCUGAAACAUAGGUUUUGGACUGAAGUGUACGCUGGAGCCAAGUUGUUCUACCUGUCUGGUAUUAUACACGGGGAAUACUUGAGGAAUGAAAUAAAGAAUUUAUCUAGGUUCAUUUCUGUGAUGAAGUUCAGGCCUUUGAGUUGGAGGAUGACCCAUGCUUAUGUGCUUGCUGACCGGCUGGAAGAUGUCACUAGUCAGGAGCUGAUCAGGAAGGAUGCUAAGGUGAAUAGAGAUGUGGUGUUGUAUGGGUAUGUGAGAGGAGUACCACUCAUGAAAGAGUCUUCUGUUCAUAUUGCAGGUGUUGGCGACAUGAAAAUCAGUGAGCUGUCCUACCUACCAGACCCAUGUCCUCUCCCCAGCAGUGAGAAAAAGCGACAUCUCAUGGAGCGAGAGAGACAGAUCUAUGCACCUUUUUCGGGAGUUGGAGGCAUUGUCUAUGAUAAAGAUGCUGUUUACAUUGAGCUACAAGGCUCUCAUUCACAUAAGAAGGAAGAUGAAGAAACAAAUGAGAAGAAAGCUCUACUCAAGAAUGUUGUAGAAACCAAGGAGACUGUUGAUGAACAGAUGCAAGAGUCAGGGUUCCAACUGUUCAGUGGUGGUGCAGUCAUCUACCCAGACAUGGUCAAAGAUGACGAAUAUUUACAACAAAAUAAAAAAACAGAGUCAGAUUCCUCUGAAUCAGAAGAUGAGGGUAAUGAUAGCGACAAUGACAGUGGAAUAGAUGAAAAGAAAGAGAAAAAGAAUAAACUCCCAUGGGAUAAUGACAAUUCAGAUGCAGGUUCUGAUGAUGAGGGCGAUGAUAAUGAUGAUGGUGAAGAAAAGAGUGUUGAUGGAGAUGAUAAAGAUAAAGGUGACAUGAGUGAUAAUGACAGUGAUUCAGAUGAUGAGGCUGAGAACGAUUUUGGUAUGAAAUGGAAGGAAAAGUUAGGACAAAAAGCCACAGAAGCUUACCUACAGCGACAAAAGACAUCAAAGAACAUUAUGAAGCUGGUUUAUGGUGACUUUGAAAUAGGAAACAAAGCUAAAAAGAAAGAUGAAGAGUCUGAAUCAGAAGAAGAAGGUGAGGAGCUGGGUGGUCUGUUUAAGAAGGUCACAGAUACACAAAAGAAGAAGCACAAAGAAAAGGAGAGAUUAGACCUAGACGAGUGUUCAUUCUUUUAUUCUUUAGACAAACCAAAUCUAAAGGAUUGGACUAGUGACACAAACAAACAAUAUUUGAUCAACAGCUUUGUAACUGGUAAACGGUCGGCUGAUGAGGAUGCAUCAGAACUAUUGAAAUUAGAUGAUGCGAGUGAUGGUGAGGAUGAAGAACUAUAUGGUGAUUUUGAAGAUUUAGAAACUGGAGAAAAACACAAAGCAGAGGAAGAUGCAGAGAUUACUGCUGAACCCGGAUCAAAGAGGAAAGCAGAACCAACCAAAUCCGAAAUAUUGGACAAAAAGUUAAAGUUGAAGGCUAAGUUUGAUUCAGAGUAUGACAACCCUGACGAUCACAGGAUAAAAGGAGACCACUCCUACUAUGAGAACUUGAAAGCAGAAGCUUUAAAGCAAUCAGAAUUGAAUAAAUCAGUGUUUGACAAUUUAGAUAAUGGAUUGAGGGUAGAAGUGGAAGGUUUCAGGCCCGGGCUAUAUGUCAGAAUGUUAUUCAAGAACAUGCCUUCAGAGUUUGUGACGAACUUUGACUCAAGCUACCCAAUACUGAUUGGAGCACUCAACAUGGCUGAGCAGAACAUAGGUUUUGUAUCCUGUAAAGUGAAGAAACACAGAUGGUACAAGAAGAUAUUGAAGACCAAUGAUCCUCUCAUCAUCUCGCUGGGGUGGCGACGCUUCCAAACUUUACCCAUCUACUCUAAGAUUGAGGAUGAUAUGAAAUGCAGGUAUUUGAAGUAUACGCCUGAACAUGUCACAUGUAACAUGCACUUUUAUGGUCCCAUCACACCACAGAACACAGGUUUCCUUGCAUUACAAAGCGUCAACAACAAUCCUAAUGAAAUCAAACAAGUUGGGUUCCGGAUAGCUGCUACUGGUAGUGUUAAUGAAAUUAACAAGUCUACCCAAAUAGUAAAGAAGUUGAAAUUAAUUGGUACUCCUUUAAAGAUAUACAAGAAGACAGCUUUCAUCAAGGAUAUGUUCACAACUACUUUAGAGGUUGCGAAGUUUGAAGGCGCACGAGUGAAAACCGUGUCGGGUAUCAGAGGGCAGAUCAAGAAAGCGCUCAACAAGCCGGAAGGAGCAUUCCGUGCGACCUUCGAAGAUAAAAUCUUGAUGAGUGACAUUGUGUUCUGUCGUACAUGGUACAAAGUGGACGUGACGAAGUUCUAUGCGCCUGUCGUUAACUUAUUACUGCCUGUGGGUGCUAAGAACGCCUGGCAAGGAAUGAAGACUAAAGGACAACUUAAGAGGGAGAAGAAUAUCAAGAACGAUGCUAACCUCGAUUCAUUGUAUACUGAAGUUAACAGGGCGCCUAAAGUGUUCAAGCCUUUGGUAAUACCUAAAAACCUGCAGAAAGGUUUGCCAUAUAGGUUCAAACCUAAAGAGAAGUCAACUACAUUGUCUGGAACGAAUCCUAAGGAUAAGUUCAAGAAUAGGAUAGCCGUGAUCAAGAACCCUGAAGAACAGAAGAUCUCGAAUGUUAUGAAGAUGUUGAAAACUAAUUAUGAGAAGAAAAAGGAAGUGCAGAAGGCAGCGACUGCACUUCGCCUGGAGAAGCACAAAAAGCAGCUGGAAGAAGAGGAGUGGCGUAAACUGAAGCGACAGAAAGAAUUGAAGAAGAAAAUAUGUAGACAUUUGAGUAAAACUGGCAAUAAAAAUAAAACUCAAAUGUAAA